CAGAGGCCAGAACUCACCAGAGUCUUCCCCUCAUCAACUUCCAAAUCUCUCUCUCUCUCUGACACACACACACUGCAGGAGCCUGUUGGACAGCCACAAUGAAGCCCAGACCGUCGUCGCCGUCUAUGGGAAACGUGCCGUGUCGCUCGUGAGCCCGGACCUCAACUUUUUGCUGAACUUCUCUCUUGGGGUCGUCAUGGUGAUCGGGCCGCACGGCGCCGAGGACGGCGUCGGCGUCGGCGGCGUCGGCCGCGACCACGUGGACCUGCUGAGCCCCGACGACCUGGAGUGUAAGAUCUGCUACUGCGCCUACAACCUGGGGAGGCGGCGGCCGAAGGCGCUCGAGUGCCGCCACCGUCUGUGCGCCAAGUGCCUCGCCAAGAUCCUGGACCUGGGGGAGUCGCCUCCCGACGCCGUGGUGUGCCCGUUCUGCCGCUACGUCAGCGGCCUGCCGGACGACUGCAACCUGGCGGCGGCGCUGGCGCUCCAAAGCAGGAAUCGGAGGACCACCGAGCUGCUGCUCAGCCCCGGGCUCCUGAGCUCCCUCAUGGGUAGCAACCCGCCUGUGGCGUCCCCUUCUUCCUCCUCCUCCUCCUCCUCCUCCUCGCCGGGCUUCUCUUCCUCCACCCCCUACUCCUCCAUCCGGGGCUCCCCUAACUUUGUGGUCAUUACCAUCAUGGAGCCGCCGCCGCCAUCAUUGCCCGCUUCCACCCAAGACCUCCACCUGCACCACCAGUCGACCGGCGGCUACCGCUCAUCCAGCCUGGACUCCGUGGCGUCCGUCGCGCGGAGGUGGACGGCGUGGAACUGCGCGGUCCUCCUGCGCCGGACCUCGGCCCGGGCGCUGGUGUGGGUGCUGGGGCUGCUGUACUUCGGCUCGCUGCCCAUGGGCGUUUACCUGCUCAUCGUGCAGAGGACGACGCUCGGGGUGCUGCUGGUGAGCAUGGUUCCCGCCAGCCUGGCCAUGAUCAUGGUCUACGGGCUCUGCCAGUGUGUCUGCCACGAGCUGUGGGACUGCAUGCCGCCGUAACGGGGACCGGUCCAACGGGCAACGACGGGCUUGCGUUGAAUACGCCUCGACAACGGGGUCUCCGGAAUUCACUAAUGGGGGAUGUUCCUGUGUAACCGCGUCGACGCGGCAAUAGCGUGAUGGAGCCGGGGGCUUUAUGUAAGAAGAGAGCAAGAACAUAAUGUACAAACGGAGCUCAGAGUUUGGGGCUUGUCAUCCUUCUACAUGUACAUGUGUGCUCUGUUUAGCUUGGUAGAUGACUAAUUACCCAAUAAAUGCCAGAUUUAACUCAACCUUUAA